AUGGAAUCGCUCAGUGAUCCUCAACCUCCAGUAGCCAGCACGAUACAGAGCUCAUCUGUUCUUUUACAAUGGGAAAGAGCAGGUUCAUCAGCAGUAAGAUACGUUCUCCAGUGGAGGUACAGAGAGCUGCUUGGGCAAUGGAUCUACACAGAAGUUGUGAAGAAUACUGCCUACAACCUCACGGAGCUGCACCCAUACACCGAGUACGUCUUUCGAGUGAUGUGGAUUGUAACAGACAGCCAAUAUAAGUACUCGCCCGAAAGCCGACCGUACAAAACCAAGCCACAGGGUGUGCCAUCAUUACCACCUGAGAUUGUCAGCAUCGAGAGCCCCAGUCCUACCUCAGUAUUUGCACAGUGGAGGAAACCCGCGUUCCUUAAUGGACCAUUAAUUGGUUACCAUAUUCAACUUUGGAGCGACACUGAGCGUUUCCUCAGGGACGCAGACAGGGAGCAACAAAGCUAUUCUAUCUACCUUAUUAAACCAGGCACAACAUACAGGUUUUCCAUAGCCGCUAGAAAUACUGAAGGGUUUGGACCUGCAGCCAUUACCAAUAUCAGCACCCUGUCUCAGCCAGAGUUAUCCCAAAGUCUGAUCCUUUGGCUGUCGAGCAACAAUUCCCUGUAUGAAAGUAAACCUGGAGAUUUGGAAGAGAUGUUCUGUUCCAGAGUCAACUGGAUCACUCACAGAAUCACUGGAAUAUCCGGUGAUGUUCGUAAGAAGGAGCUCUACAUUUCUGAGGGGCAGAACAUCUGGGUAUUUUCCCUAAACAGCUGGAGCAGUUUCCGCCUGGUUUAUCAGAGUGACCGACUCAUCAGUGAUCUUUCUGUUGAUUGGCUGUACAGCAAACUCUACUUUGUUGUAGACCAGAAGGUAUUACGAUGUGAUCUCAAGAACUGCUCCACUGAAGUUGUGCUUACCCUAAACUCUUCUCCGGUUAAAACUGUAGUGGAUCCAUUUAGUGGGUAUUUAUUUAUUGGGUUUUCAGACAGUUUGUACCGCAGGGUUUUACCGGGGCUAGACUUGGAGGCUGAUGACCGCGAUUCCCUCCUGGAACCCUUAGUCAUGAAUACUUCCCUUCUGACUUUCACUGUGAACCCGUCUUUUAAAAGAGUGGUUUACAUCAACAGCAGAGGGGGCUCGGUGCAUUACAUCUUUUUGGACGGGACGGAGGCAAGCAUGGACCAUGUACUGCCAUUUGACGAUACAACCAGUGUCCGGCUCUUGGCUCUUGCUUGUAACCUGUGGUUCUUAAGCACAGGGAGGCAGGUCUAUAUGGCGGAGGAACACGAAGGGAGUUUGUACCCUAUUGAGGUGAAUGUGAAGCACUGUUUUUUAAAGGAUGGUGAUUUUGACAAUUUGUUUUUAUGGGGCUUGUCCACCCAGCCACUACCAGUGCCUCUUCAUGAACCUACACACCUCCAAGUUCUCCUGGGAUUCAACUCAGCAGCUUUCAGUUGGCGAAAGCCUCUAGCGGCCGCUGGACUUGAUACCAGCCCCUACAUCCUAGCAGGAACUGAUCUUGGGACCUGGAAAGUAUUCUUGGAUAAAUUUGAGAAUGAAAUUGCACUGCCUAAUGUGACGAAUGUAAAAGAUAUGGACUGGGUCAAUAAUACCCUCUACUGGGCAAACUCCAGCGGCGUGGCUCACAUCACAUCCUUGGCUGAGACGGGCAGUGAGACGGUGGUCGUGCAGGGCUCACAGAACGUGGGAGCGUUAGCUUUGGACUGGAUAAGCAACACCCUGUACUGGGUGGACAACAAGAGAAAUUAUAUAUUUCGGCUGCCUUUGGAUGCCGACGUACCUGUGAAAGUCAGAGUCGUGGUUGGAAAGGUCCAGGAUCUCCAGCUGGAUGCGCUGCAGGGCUACAUGUAUUGGACAACGGCACAGACAGUGGAAUACUCUCUCAUGAACGGAAAACGACCGGGUUUCAUUGAAGAACUGCCUAAUUUUUCGGGUAAACAGAUUUCAGGGUUGACAGUGGAUUUUGAUCAUGGUGUAGUGUAUUGGUUGACCCAGGAUAGCACCAGACUUGAAAUAUAUCAGGCUGACCUUGUCAAGAAAGGGCACAGUGAUGGACGCACAGCUAAAAUGGUCUUAUUCUCUGACUCUUUGAAAACCUCCCAACAUGCACUCCAGUACUACUGUGGCCGGCUGAUCUGGAUCAAUGAAGAAGAAGUUUUGCAGAUAGUAGAACUGGAAAGGAGCCAAGCUGUUCACAUCUCUCGCUCAGUGUCUGUGACAGCGUUUACUGUGGUGAACCCAAAACCACUGCCAGUUGAGGAUCUCAGUGUUCCUUGUUAUUGUGUAAGUGGGCUGGAGCCUUUCACGGAGUUUGAUGUUGCAGUGAAAUCGUACACAUAUUGGGGAUCUGCAGAGCAGACACGAACCAGCCUUCGUUCUCCAGAGGCUGCACCAUCUGCUCCUGAGAAUCCAAGAAUUUAUAUGAACCCACAGAGAAAUGUCCAGGGCGACAUUGUGGACACAGAAGUGGAAUUUCGGUGGAACAAGCCAGCCCAUCCUAACGGUGUUUUGAGGGGCUACACAGUCUUCUACACUACAGAGAACUGCCCAUCCAUUGCAGAGCGCGGGGCACUGGUCAACGUAAGCGCGGACACCACCACCUUCAAGAUUCACGGAGCGGACCCGGAGAAAAACUAUUGUGUUCAGGUGGGAGGGUUCACGAAUGCAGGAUCAAGCAUCAGAACACCUGUUUUGAUGGGAAAUGCAACAGCUACGGAGUCUGUACCCUAUCUGUUGGCCAUUAAGGACAAAGGGGUGGUUCUGCUGGAUAUGGACACCAGUACAGUGGUGCAGAAGAUGCCUGUUUCUGCUGUAAAGGACAUGGGAUACAUAAAGCGUACACAGAGGCUGUAUUAUUUGACGGAAAACAUGAUUAUGAGCACAAGUUUGGACGGUAAACAUCAGACUCAGCUUAUUGAGAGCGUUCUGAGCAGUGUCCCUGGAGAGAUGACUGUGGACUGGAUCGGGCGAAAACUCUACAUGGUUUUGGAUCUGCAGGAAGGUACCAGCAGUUCAGUGUGUGCCCUUGAUCUCGAAGUUCGUGGAGCGAAACUGGAGAAGCUCGUGUCCAGCAGCGAGCGCAUUCACUCAAUAGGAAUAUAUCCGCAGAAAAGCCUCCUGUUCUGGACUCAGUCGUUGUCUGGGAAUAUCGCUCUGGUCUCCUACAGUCUGAUUGACAGAUUGCCCCGAACCCUUCUCACCUCCCACGUGAAAGCCAGCACCUCGGCGUUUCCGGUGGCCGAGUGUAACUGCUCGGUCGCCCGGCUUCAGCUGGAUGGAAACUUCGCUGUGGACACCACGGAGGCAGAGCCUGAGCGAGUUUUUUUUACGACCCAGCAUCAUGAAAUCUGGGCGUCUGACUUAAAUGGCUGCAGAUGUUGGAAGAAAAUGAGUUCCCCAGAAUCAACAGACGUAGACCGUUCAAAAAUCUACACGGCUGCCAAAUCCUCGGGGGAUAUUCUGUCUGUGUAUCGCGGUUUCUCGCUGACUAAGGUGGUGCCGUACGAUGAGCAAUCCCAGCCAUACUCUGAUCUUCAGUGUCUAAUGCCAAAGGUCUACACAAGAGCACCGCAAGUAUUAAAUAGAUCAGAUACCAGCCUGCUUCUUCACAUCCCAUCUGUGGAGUAUGUCUCAGUGUGCUCCGACAUUAGCAAGCCCACUCCCACUUACACGUUACACUUCGCUGAGCUCCAGGACAGUGAAUCUGAUGCCAGCUGUACCCAUGGAAUAAAGUGUUAUAAACAGGAAGUUCAGACAAACACUGUUUGGCUGAAUGAGCUGCAGCCCUACACCAGGUACCUCAUGCAGGUUUCAGUGAAGACUCGCUAUGGCGAUGUAUCAGGGAAUCUAGGUCCACCUGCAGUAAACUGGACAUGGUUUGGAGUGCCAUCAGCCCCUCGACUGGUUGAAGCACUGGUUCUGUCAGACUCCAGGGUUGAGGUGUCGUGGUCUGCACCGCUGGAACCCAACGGACCUGUGGAAGAGCUCCGAUACCAGGUUCAGUAUCAGGGAAAUAACUACUGGCCCUCACUGCCCAUGCCUUCAGCCCAGCUGGCGGGCGGGCGAAGGCAGAUCCAACUAGCAAAUCUUCACAGUGGGACUGAGUACUGGUUCCAGGUGCUGAGCUUCCCGCCGGCUGGCAGAAGCUUUAGUCGGAGCGAAGCUGUUUUGCGAACAACAUUUCAGGCCCCGGUUCCUCCGUCUCUUCUCUCGGUGGGGAACACCACGGUGACCGUCCUCUGGCAAUCCCUAACUGACGGCAGCGUGAGAAGACAGUGGUUUGAGAUUUCCCAGGACACGAACAGGGAAACGUGGAAGGAGGUGUCAGCAAAUUGCUCCGAUCACGGAAAUGCCAGCUACCUUAUCCCGGGCCUUCAUCCGUCCAGGACGUACUUCCUGAGAGCAGCAGUCACUUACGUAACAAACACGUCGAGUGUAUCCACUGCCCUGGUGCUUGGGACUCAAGCCGGAAAACCAGGAAGACCAGGGACACCCAAUACCUUUCAGGACGUCAUCAGCUGGGCCAAAGCGGAGGACAAUGGGAGCAAUAUUACACAUUACAUUUUGCAGGCCAGAAAUUCGCAGAACGACACCGAGCUCGUGAGGUUGAACAGUUCAGAUGAAUGGAUCACUCUCUAUCAGGGCCCCUGCAACAGUACCAUCUGCACCUGGCGUAACCAGCACUUCAGUGGGUUUUACCACAUGAGGGUUGUGGCAGUCAAUCGCAUUGGCACAGGACAGUUCAGCGACAUCAGCGGGGAAAUUGUCAUGAAACUUUACGAACCAAGUGAAAGCCAAGCCCUGCUGGUGCUCGGAACUGUCUGUGUGACAAUUAUAUUCGCCGUUUGCUGCGUUUUCACAGCAGUUUAUGCUCAGUACACCAAACGAUCCAAGCAGAAAGGGGACAUAACCACUCUUCAGGUGAACUACAAUCCAGACCUGGAACUGGCACUCAUCAGAGAUAUGAAUGCUUCUGUAAUUCAGACAAACAUCUGGUACACCUCGAGUUGCCUGCCCACACAGCUGGAGCAUGAGUCUCUUCCACUGUUUCCAAGAGAGAAACUCACAUUGCUGAACUUCCUCGGCAGUGGAGCUUUUGGUGAAGUGUUUGAAGGAAAAGCUGAAGAGAUCCUGGGAGCUGGUAGUGGAGAUGUGAAAGUAGCUGUAAAAACACUGAGAAAGGGGGCAACGGAUAACGAAAAAUCAGAAUUCCUCAAGGAAGCCUAUUUAAUGAGCCAUUUUGAUCAUGCUCACAUUAUAAAGCUGCUGGGUGUGUGCCUGCAGAAUGAGCCACAGUUCCUAUUGCUGGAACUCAUGGAGGGGAAAGACCUGCUCAGUUACCUGCGAGGAGCUCGAGGGUCACUGAUGCAUCAUCCCUUGCUCCAUGCAGGUGACCUGAUCGAUGUUUGUCUGGACAUCGCAAAAGGCUGCAGCUAUCUGGAGAAAAUGCAUUUUGUGCACAGGGAUCUAGCUGCCAGAAACUGCUUAGUUUCUACGAAGGAAUACAACAACUCCAACCGUAUGGUGAAAAUAGGGGACUUUGGUCUCGCCAGAGACAUCUACAAGAACGACUACUACAGGAAGGAAGGGGAAGGGCUCCUCCCUGUCCGAUGGAUGGCACCCGAGAGUUUGAUCGAUGGCUUGUUCACAAAUCAGUCCGAUGUGUGGUCCUUUGGCAUUUUGAUGUGGGAAGUGAUGACAUUGGGCCAGCAGCCCUACCCCGCCCGCACCAACCUCGAAGUGCUGCACUUUGUCAGGACAGGAGGGAGGCUGGAGAGACCCCACAGUUGCCCAGAUGACCUUUGGAAUCUGAUGCUAAAGUGUUGGGCACGUGAACCCCACAAGAGGCCGUCCUUCCGACACAUUCAAAGCUGCCUAGAACACCUGAAAAGCAGCCCCCAAGGCAGCCUGAAUGCCCUUGUGUACUACAAUGACAGCUACAGCAACAGUGACAUCUCCCAGGGUAUUGUCAAUCAAGCAUUCGAAGGAGAGGAGUGUCAGAGGCAGAGAGUCGGUGACCAACGUUCCUCUGGGGUAAUGGUGACGUCAGUGGCCGACGAGGAAGGUAGUGACCUUCAUUAUGUCUCCUACCGUCCCGCCCCUCGUCCCGGCUCGAGGACAGAGUCAAUCGGACGGAGGAGUGAAUCAAACGCGCGGCAAGAGGGAACAGUCAACUACGCCUAUAUCGUCAGCGAGGAAGACCGAGAGCCUGGGGCAAGGAUAGAGAACAUGUGUUCGCUUGGGGAUCUCGAUGGAAACGCCUCCAGGCAGGGCCUGGCAACCUGCGCCGCGACAGAUUCGGCGCACAGAGACACCAGGCGCUACAGUGUGCACCGUGCUAUAAAGCACCCAGCAACCAAGUCGCAACAACCGGAAAAUAAAUCCAUUUCUGCACCACCCGUGGAGUCGAAAUUUCCCACCGGCAGCGUCAGAUCUGGUUUAGACGGCGUGGCCUCUCCAUUCCUCUGCUACGCCACAGUGGAGUGGGAGAGCACAACAGGACUGGAGCGAGAGUGCAACGGCGUGGAAUGCGCAGAGAGUGGGCUGAAGAGAGCCGCGGAAGAGAGCUGCGUGCAUGCCCCUGAAAUCAGUGAUGCCUCCAAAAGCUCAGUAAACCCAGAUGGAGGGCUGGAGUCAAAAGCACUGUGCGGGAAAAAUGCUGGUAACUUAAUCAACAGUGAAACCGUCGAAAGACCCAUUAGCCAGUGUAAUCCCUCGGAAGCCUGUGCUGCUUCAGAAGACUCGGACUCUGUCCCUAUCUGAAACCCAUUGGAUUUUAUUUUGUCUCAGUUCAAUACCGAGCUCCCCAGCGACACGGCGCGCUGUAGGUGAGCCUUCGACGUUUCAUUUGUGGAGAGCUUCGGUUUAGCCGCUUUGCAUUUUGUAAUCACGAGUGAUAUAAGUUCACAAAUCAACCUUGUUGGUUCUUUUGGUUUUUUUAAAUGAUUUUGAGAAAACGCAUAAUUUUUUUUAGCGGGAUUUUUUUUCCCCUACCUGUCAAAGGUCGAGGCUUGAAGGGGGUAUGGGGUUAGUGAGGCCAGGGCGGUGGAACUGAAAGUGCAGCUUACUCUGGGAGCCUUUGCAGACUCAAGAACCGUCGAAUGGCCUCCUUCUGCAUUGCAAAUUUUUAGGAUCCAGAAGCACUAUUGCAGCCCCCACAACCCCUCUAGGUCUGUAAGUGCUGUGAAUUCCCUCUUGAAUAAGAGGCAACGUUUACAGAUCAAC